CAGACAGUCGUUGUGACUGAGAGGUGAAAUGGCGGAGAAAGGAGUUCAGCUGGACCGGGAAACUUUCUCUUGUUCCAUCUGUCUGGAUCUACUGAAGGAUCCGGUGACGACUACAUGUGGACACAGCUACUGUAUGAAGUGUAUUAAAACACACUGGGAUGAAGAGGAUAGAAAGGGAAUCUACAGCUGCCCUGAGUGCAGACAGACGUUCACUCCGAGGCCUGUCCUGCUGAAAAACACCAUGUUAGCAGUUGUAGUGGAUCAGGUGAAGAAGACCGGACUCCCAGCUGCUCCUGCUGAUCUCUGCUAUGCUGGACCUGGAGAUGUGGCCUGUGAUGUCUGCACUGGGAGAAAACUGAAAGCCUUCAAGUCCUGUCUCACCUGUCUGAUCUCUUACUGUGAGCAACAUCUCCAGCGUCAUUAUGAUGUAGCUCAGUUAUCCAAACACAAGCUGGUGGAGCCCUCCAAGAAGCUGCAGGAGAACAUCUGCUCUCAGCACGAUGAGGUGAUGAAGAUGUUCUGCCGGACCGAUCAGAAGUCUAUCUGUUAUCUCUGCUCUGUGGACCAACAUAAAGGCCACGACACGGUCUCAGCUGCAGCAGAACGGACGGAGAAGCAGAAAGAGCUGGAGGUGAGUCGACUAAACAUCCAGCAGAGAAUCCAGGACAGAGAGAAAGAUGUGAAGCUGCUUCAACAGGAGGUGCAGAACAUCAAUCGCUCUGCUGAUAAAACAGUGGAGGACAAUGAGAAGAUGUUCACUGAGCUGAUCCGUCUCAUGCAGAAAAGAAGCUCUGAGGUGAAGCGGCAGGUCAGAUCCCAGCAGGAAACUGAAGUGAGUCGAGUCAAAGAGGUGGAGGAGAAGCUGCAGCAGGAGAUCAGAGAGCUGAAGAGGAAAGACGCUGAACUGAAGAAGCUCUCAAACACAGAGGACCACAACCAGUUUCUGCACAGCUACCCCUCACUGUCAGCACUCAGCCCGUCUACAUCCAGCAUCCAGAUCCGUCGUCGCCGCCGCUUUGACCACGUGACAGCGGCCGUGUCACGAGUCAGAGACAAACUGCAGGACGUCCUGAGAGACAAAUGGACAGACGUCUCACUGACUGAAGUGGAUGUUUUACUGUCAGAUUCACCAGCAGAGCCCACGACCAGAGCUGAGUUCUUAAAAUAUUCAUGUGAGAUCACAAUGGAUCCAAACACAGCAUACACAGAGCUGUUAUUAUCUGAGGGGAACAGAAAAGCAACAUUCAUGAGUAAACAUCAGUCCUAUCCAAGUCACCCAGAGAGAUUCACUCUUUAUGAGCAGGUCCUGAGUAGAGAGAGUCUGACUGGACGAUGUUACUGGGAGGUGGAGUGGAGAGGGGAUGGAGUUCAUGUAGUAGCUUCAUACAAGAACAUCAGCAGAGGGUCGGUUGACUCUGCAUUUGGAUACAAUGACAAGUCUUGGACUUUAGAAUGUUACAACAACAAAAAUACAUUUCGCUACAACAAUAUCGAAACUCCCGUCUCAGGUCCUCGGUCCUCCAGAGUGGGAGUGUUCCUGGAUCACAGAGCAGGUAUCCUGUCCUUCUACAGCGUCUCUGAAACCAUGACCCUCCUCCACAGAGUCCAGACCACGUUCACUCAGCCGCUCUAUGCUGGACUUCUGGUUGGCUACGGAGAUGGAAACACUGCUGAGUUCUGUAAACUGAAAUAACCAAAGUCAUUUAAGGGACAACAGGUUAAAAUGUGUUUUAACUCUUAAAGCUCCCAUAUUGUUCACCUUUGUUAUGUUUUAUAAGAAUAUACAUUUGUGGUUUUACAUUCUAAAAACCAGCUGAGUUCAGUUGUUCAUCUGUUCUCUCAGCCUCCUUCUGCAGCUCCAGCAGCUUAGAUCAUUUUGGGUCUGUCUGAUUAAUAAUCACGACCCUUUCUUCUGAUUGGCUGACAGUCUUGAUUGACACCCGGCCUGGCUAACCACAGUUAACGGUUUGCUGCCUCGGUUAAACUCACCAGUGAAUGCAAAAAGACGAUGGCCACCGCUGAGGAAGAUGUUGUCAGACUUUACAUGUUAGAGCCUGAUGAUGCUUCCCUCUGACUCAAACAUGAAAUAUAUUACUGGUUCACUUACAGGUUGCAGAUUUAGAGUCGGACACGAUAAUGUGUAUACUGCCGUAUCCUAUAGGAGCAGCUUCUUUGAGUGACAGAUUUUUAGGAAGCAGUCAGAAAAUAUAUUUUCACAGUAUUUUUAUUGCAACUGCACCUGCUUUAUAAUCACAAGACUUGUAACUCGUGUUUUCUACAAUAAGGGACCUUUAAACUGAUUUCUUUCCAUGUUUGUUGCUGAGAGCUCAUUGUUGUGGCGUUUCUUCUCUGCAGAGAUCAGCUGUCAAUCAAACAUUAUGGGCGGGGCUUUGACAU